GAUUCCGAAUACAGCAACCGAAUACAGAACUUCAUUAUUCAAGUUAUAUUGAGGACGCAGUUGUCUGUGUGGCGAGUAUCGAUACCAGGAAUCGAGGCGCACUCAUCAUACCAUCCAUCGAGGCGAACCCGUACGUCAGUGUAGCCUUUAAUAUAUCGUUCUGCAUCACUGCGACAACUGUCAUAUCGCCUUUGUGCAAUCCUGCGGGAUGACGUUUUGUUCAUCAGCUAACAAAUGGUAGUUGGGUGUGAGGGAAAACAUGGCGUCAGCUUUAGUCAUCGUUUUGGUUGUUCUCGUGGUGCCGUUUUUCAUCCUGGGCGUUCUGGGAAAUAUCGGGGUGCUAUUAUGCGUGGUGUUCACUCCCUCCCUCCGGACUCGUGCCAACGCCAUUAUCGUUAGUCUCACCACCAGUUGCCUGGCUUUCCUGGUCACGGUGGUCCCGUUUACGCUGGAUUCCUUCAUCCACACCGACUGGAGGUUCGCUGUCUGGUACUGCCACGCCACAGCCUACCUCAGCUUCGCUUUCAUCGGUAUAACGGUCUUCAACAUCGCCGCUCUGUCCCUGUACCGGUACUUCUGCGUGGUGCACCCCACGCGGAUGCUCCUUCGAAGCAAAGCCAACCUGAUCCUCCUGAUUGCCAUCUCCUGGCUGGUCCCCCUCACAACGCAGACUCUAAUCUCCUCGUUCCACAUCGCGCGCACCGAGUACAUCCCCAUGUACGCACGCUGCGUCUUCGUUAAAGUGGGUGAGCACUCCACCUUGUACAACAUACUCGUUCUAGGCGGUUUUCUACCGACUCUUGGGCUGACCCUCUACAGUUACGCGGGGAUUUACGUCACAGUUCGCCUGAGCGCCAGAAGACUCCGUCAGCAGGCGGAGAUUAGCUCCAGACCGAACCUCCGAGUCGAGGCAACUGAAAAUGAAGGCCUGUCUGCCGGAGCAGGCUCUACGAACAGCACUCAACACCCUGUUGUUCGCAACACCAGAAGGACCUCAAAAGCUCCUCGUGGUCCAAAUAGGGAUAAACACUGUCUCACGAAGAUCUGUGUGGUUGUUUUCGUGUUGUUCAUGGUCUGCUACGGCCCCAUCGUCACACUGACUGCCAUCUACGCCCACGAUGAUUUCCCGGCCGCGGCCUACAUGAUCUGCACGGUGGUCUACUGGCUCGGGAGCUGUCUACACCCACUGGUCUACGCCAUCUUGCAGCCCCAGAUACGGCGUUCGUUUCUCCGGCUGGCUGGCUGCUGCUGCAAGUCGGCAAACUUUUCCACCAAUGAGUCCUCCGUUGGUGCGACCACAACAGGACAAGAAUCUUAAAAUACAAGCAUAUUAACCCUUACCAUUCCCAAAUCCGCCAAAAUCCUCUUUGCAAGUGGGAAGAAUUUGCAGGAUUGAGGCUACACGGCAAAAGUGUGUUGCUGAUUUCGGAGGACGCACUGUGUCAAGGUCUUGGGCCGGACCUUGAGUUGUUUAUGCUCACCCGUACCCGUGCAUUAAUUUAGGCCUUGAUAACACUUGAAAUCCUCCGUACUGC